AUGAGUAGCCCGUGCCUGCUGCGGGCGGCCCCCACCGUCAGCCAGCACGGACUGCGCGACGUGAGGAUCAGUCUGAAGGUCCAGGACACCAAAGAGGCUCGACGCCACCCGCCGGUUGAGAACGAUGCCCCCGUGCGCAGCCGGAGCACCCCGCCGGCGCACCGGGCCCUCAGGAAGGCGCCCGGGGUCGGCCGGGCCAAGCGGCGGGAGCACCACCCGGAGAGGAACGGCACCAUCUUCCCGCAGGUGCCGCUCAGCCUGCCGGGGCUGGUCCCCGUCCUUUCACCGACGCCCUCUUGUCACCCGUUGUCUCCCUCCUCAUCCUCGUCAUCUUCCUUGUCCGCCCCCCGCGGCGUGAAACGGGCGCGCUGGCUCAGCUCCAGCGCCUCCAAUAUUUACUUCAACUCCAUCCUGGAUGGACGCUUCAGGCAGUUGCAAGAUGAGCGCGAGGCAGUCCAGAAAAAGACGUUUACCAAAUGGGUCAACUCCAUCCUGGCUCGAGUGAGCUGCCGCAUAACCGACCUCUACUUAGACCUUCGUGAUGGACGCAUGCUCAUCAAACUUUUGGAAAUCUUGUCUGGAGAGCGACUGCCGAAGCCCACCAAAGGCCGGAUGCGCAUCCACUGCCUGGAGAAUGUGGACAAGGCGCUGCAGUUCCUCAAGGAGCAGCGCGUCCACCUGGAGAACAUGGGCUCGCACGACAUCGUGGACGGCAACCACCGCCUCAUCCUUGGCCUCAUUUGGACCAUCAUCCUCCGCUUCCAGAUCCAAGACAUUAUCGUUGAAACGGGCCAGGCCGACCAGAAGGAGACACGUUCAGCCAAGGAUGCUCUUCUUUUGUGGUGUCAGAUGAAGACAGCUGGUUACGCUAGCGUCAACAUCACCAACUUCACCACAAGUUGGAAGGACGGCAUGGCCUUCAACGCUCUCAUACACAAACAUCGACCCGAUCUGGUAGACUUCAACCGUCUGAAGCGUUCCAACCCGACGCACAACCUCCAGAAUGCUUUCAACGUGGCUGAGAAGCAGCUAGGUGUCACCAAGCUUCUGGACCCGGAGGAUGUGUUCACGGAAAACCCGGACGAAAAGUCUAUCAUCACAUAUGUGGUCGCCUUCUACCACUACUUCUCCAAGAUGAAGCAGCUGGCCGUGGAGGGCAAACGGGUGGGUAAAGUCCUGGACCACGCCAUCGCCACUGGGAAAAUGGUCAAUAAAUACGAGACCUUGGUGUCAAACCUUCUGGCCUGGAUCGAGAGGACCAUCUUGGUGCUUGACAAUCGCAAGCUGGCCAACUCACUGUCGGGUGUCCAGCAGCAGUUGCAGGCCUUCAACACUUACAGAACUGUGGAGAAGCCACCCAAGUUCCAGGAGAAAGGCAAUCUAGAAGUGCUGCUUUUUACUAUCCAAAGUCGCAUGAGGGCCAACAACCAAAGGGCCUACACACCAAAAGAAGGAGCACUGGUCGGCGACAUCAACAGGGCGUGGAAGCUCCUAGAGCAUGCCGAGCAUGAGCGCGAGCGGGUUCUGAGGGACGAGCUGAUUCGCCAAGAGAAGCUGGAGCAGAUGGCUAGACGAUUUGACCGCAAGGCCGCCAUGAGGGAGACGUGGCUCCUGGAGAACCAGCGAUUGGUAGCUCAGGACAACUUUGGCUAUGACCUGCCGGCGGUGGAGGCGGCGCAGAAGAAGCACGACGCCAUCGAGACGGACAUCGCCGCCUACCAGGAGCGCGUCCAGGCCCUGGUGGACAUCUCAAGGGAGCUGGAGGCCGAGCGCUAUCACGACGCCAAGCGGGUGGAUGCCCGCAAGGACAAUGUCUUGCGCUUGUGGGACUACCUGCAGGAACUGCUUAGGGCCCGUCGAUCGCGCCUGGAAAAGAACCUGACGCUGCAGAAGAUCUUCCAGGAGAUGCUCCACAUUAUCAGCUGGAUGGAUGACAUGAAGGUUCGUCUGUUGUCUCCUGACAUUGGAAAACAUUUGUUGGAAGUAGAAGACUUGUUACAGAAACACGCUUUGCUGGAGAACGAUAUUUCCCUGCAAGCAGACAGAGUGCAGAACGCCAGCGCGGCCGCUCUCAAGUUUGCAAAUGGAGAGAAUUACAAACCGUGUGAUCCCCAAGUGAUCCGCGACAGGGUGGAGCACUUAGAGCUCUGUUACCAGGAGCUCCGCACCCUGGCCGCCCAGCGCCGGGCCCAACUGACACAGUCUCGCCGUUUCUGGAGCUUCUUGUGGGAGGCGUUGGAGCUGGAGAGCUGGAUCAAGGAGAAGGAGAAUAUCUUCUCUUCGCUGGACUACGGCAAGGACCUGACCAGCGUGUUGAUUCUCCAGAGCAAGCACAGCGCCUUUGAGGACGAGCUGGCUGCCCGGCAAGCCAACCUGAAAAUGGUUCUAACCCAGGGCAGUGAGAUGAUCAGGGAAAACCAUUUCAGUUCACCAAUGAUCCAGGAGCGCACAGAAAACGUGGAGCGGCAAUGGCGCCAGUUGGAGGAUCUCGCAGCUUUCCGGAAACAGAACCUGCAGGACACGCUGAAGUUCUUCCAAUUUCAAGGGGACGCCGACGAACUCACGGCCUGGCUACAGGACGCCAAGCGGGAGAUGAGCAGCGAUGAUGUAGGCCAGGAUGAGUACACCACGCAGCGGCUCCUGCGACGCCACGACGACCUACGCAACGAGGCUACCAAGACGGCCGCCACUGUGGACGCGCUGUCCAAACAGGCCAACGGAUUACCCGAGGAGCUGCUGAACACACCUGACAUCCAGCGCCGCCUCAAGGACAUCAAGGACCUUUUCAUGGAGCUCAUGUCUCUGGCCGACGUCAGGCAAAAGAAACUGGAUGACGCCAUGGCGCUGUAUACGAUCUUCAAUGAGACUGACGCCUGUGAGCUCUGGAUGGGACAGAAGGAGACUUGGCUUGUAGAUUUGGAGGUGCCUGAGAAGCUGGAAGACGUGGAAGUGGUCCAGAAUAGGUUGAGCAUGUUGGCUCAGGAUAUGGCAAACGUUCAGUUGAGAGUAGAUGACGUCAACAAUGCGGUGAAACAGCUGGAGGACAGCAGACACCCUCGGACUAAAGAGGUCAAGCCGUGCCAGAUGAGACUGAAUAAAAGGUGGGAUGCUUUCAAGGCCUUGGUGGAGGAUAAGAAGAAGAAGAUAGACUCUACAGUAAGCUUGCACAACUACGGAGUGGAUUGCGACGAGACCGCAGCAUGGAUCCGUGACAAGACGCGUGUCAUUGAGUCCACGCAAGACCUGGGCAACGACCUUGCCGCCGUUAUGACCAUCCAGAGGAAGCUACAUGGCUUGGAGCGCGACUUGGCCGCUAUAGACUCCAAGCUCGAUCUUCUGCGGGUUGACGCCGAGCGCUUGGCAACAGAACAUCCCCAGGACGCUCUGGAAAUCCUGGCCCGCCGCGCCGAGUUGGACGAUCCUUGGAACGAGCUGAAAAAUACACUGAAGGACCGUGAGGACUCGUUGGGUGAAGUCAGCAAGCUGCAGAAGUUCCUGCAGGACCUGGACGACUUCCAGUCCUGGCUCUUCAGGUCUCAGAAAGCCGUGGCCUCGGAGGAGAUGCCCGGCUCGUUGCCCGAGGCCGAGGAGCAGCUGAGCCUCCACGACGCUGUGCUUGACGACAUCGAUAACCAGGAAGAGGUCUAUCGCAGCAUCAAGGAUACCGGUGCGAAGGUUACGCGGGGCCAGGAGGAUGACCCCCAGUACCGGGAACUGGAGCUUACGCUGGAUGGUCUGGACCAGGGCUGGUACGAGCUCCAAACAAUGUGGGACCGACGCAAAAAUUUCCUGGAUCAAGGCUUGGGUUUCCAGCAGUUCCUAAGGGAUAGCAAGGCUGUCGAGGCCAUCCUUAACAACCAGGAGUACACCCUGGCCCACAUAGACCAGCCUGACACUCUGGCCGGGGCGGAAAAGGCCCUGAAGAAGCACGAGGACUUUUUGACCACCAUGGAGGCCAACGAAGACAAGAUAGACGGCACCCUCAAAGCAGGCAGACAGCUGGUUGAUGCCAACAACUUAUAUGCAGGGAAAGUGCAGGACAAAAUGGACUCCAUCAGUGACAGGUGCAACAAAAACAAAGCUCGAGCCCAGGAGGUGUCAGAGAAGCUGCGAGACAACCGAGACCUCCAGCACUUUUUACAGAACACUCAAGAUCUGACAGUGUGGAUCAAUGAGAAGAUGCUGACUGCACAGGACACCUCGUACGAUGAGGCCAGGAACCUGCACAGCAAGUGGCUAAAGCACCAGGCUUUCAUGGCUGAGUUGGCCUCCAACAAGGACUGGCUAGACAAAGUGGACCAGGAGGGCCAUGAACUGAUAACCUCCAAGCCAGAGUUUGAGCCUGUGGUGCGAGAGCGCCUGGCCGAUCUCCACCAACUGUGGGCCAUGCUGGAGUCCACCACACAGGAGAAGGCCCGGCUGCUGUUCGACGCAAACCGUUCCGAGCUGUUCGACCAGAGCCUGGCAGACAUCAGGAAGUGGCUGGGUGAGCUGCAGCAACAGCUUCAGAGCACGACCGGUGACGAUGGCGGAGGCGAAGAUGUCAGAGAUCUGACCAAUGCUAAUAUCCAGCUCAAGAAGCACCAGAUAAUGGAGAACCAAGUGCGAGAUCGUGCCCGGGAGCUGGAGGAGCUCCAAGAGGCGCUGAGGACGCACGGUGGCGGUGACGUCAGUGGGCGUGACGACCAACAACAAUCUGGACAGCCCGACCUGGAAGUGGAACAGCAGAGUCUUCAGGCCCAAUUCCAGCAGCUGAGUGCCCCACUGGCCCAGCGCCGGGAAAAGCUGGAGGCGGCCCGGGCUGUUCAUCAAUUCUACAGAGACCUAGCUGAUGAGCUGCUUUGGAUUGAAGAAAGGAUGCCACUGGCGCUGUCGCAAGAUCACGGCAACGACUUGCAAACUGUCCAGAUGCUGCUGAAGAGGAACCAGACCCUGCAGAGGGAGAUCGAGGGCCACCAGCCACGUGUGGACGAGGUGCUGGAACGCGGACACAGGAUGGCGGCUGCGGCAGGCGCACCCGAAGCUGGGCGACUGGCAGAGCAGCUACGGGCUCUGGAAGAGGCGUGGCCGCAGCUCCGAGACCAGAUGACCCAACGCAAGGAGAGGCUGGCUUCUUGGCACGCGGUGCAGCAGUUUUACAAUGACGCCGACGAGGCCCAAGCGUGGAUUGGAGAGCAAGAGCUCUACAUGAUUGCUGAGGAAAAGCCCAAGGACGAGCAGGGCGCCAUGCUGAGCCUGAAGCGUCACAACAUUGUCAAGCAGGCCGUGGACGACUACGCUGACUCCAUCCGGAAUCUGUCCGAGCGCGCUCGAGACAUGUUGGCGGCUGACCAUCCUGACAGUGAGAAUAUCAUGCGGCGCCAGGCCCAGACGGAUAAGCAAUACGCCGGCCUGAGCGAUCUGGCUGAGGACCGCCGCAUGAAGCUGGACCACAUGUACCACCACUUCCUGCUCGUACGCGAAGUGGACGAGCUGGAGCACUGGAUCUCCGAGCGCGACGUGGCCGCGUCCUCACAGGAGGUGGGCCAGGACCUGGACCACGUCACGCUUCUGAGGGACAAGUUCCGUGAGUUUGCUCGCGACACGGGCGCUCAGGGUCAAGAGCGCGUGGACGCCCUCAACCGCACCAUCGACGAACUGAUCCAGGCGGGCCACAGCGAGUCCGUGGCCAUGGCCGAGUGGAAGGACGCCAUCAAUGAGAUCUGGGCCGACCUCUUGGAGCUCAUCGAUACGCGAGCACAAUUGCUCAAUGCCUCCUACGAACUGCUGAAGUACUUUGAGGACAGCAAGGAACUCGUGGUCCAGAUCCACGAAAAGCAGAAGGAGCUUCCCCAAGACGUGGGCGAGGACUUCAGCAAAGCUGAGUCCUUCCACAGGAUGCACGCCGCCUUUGAACGAGACAUAACCUCGUUGGGAAAACAGGUGGAGCAGCUGCAGGAGACUGCGACAAAGCUCCGUGCUCAGUACGCGGGCGAGCGAGCUGAUGCCAUCCAGGCACAGGAGCGCGAUGCGCUGGAGGCCUGGAAGGCGCUGCUCGAUGCUUGCGAAGGGCGCCGCAAGCGACUCCUGGACACAGCUCAAAAGUUCCGCUUCUUCGCCAUGGUGCGCGACCUCACCAUCUGGAUGGAGAGCAUCAUUCAACAGAUUGACACCCAGGAGAAGCCACGUGACGUGUCAUCGGUGGAGCUCCUCCAGAAGUACCACCAGGGUAUCCGCUCUGAAAUCGAGGCGCGGACGGUCAAGGUCACAGAGUGCACUGAUUUGGGUGCCGCCCUGUUGGCGCAAAACCACCGAGAUUCCGCCGAGAUCCAAGAGAAGAUGACACAGCUGGCGGAGAAAUACCAGGGGAUGAUGACCAAGUGGGACGACCGCUGGGACUGGCUACGACUAUUGUUGGAAGUGUGCCAAUUUGCGCGCGACGCAUCAGUGGCGGAGGCCUGGCUGGUCGCUCAGGAGCCCUACGUGAACAGCAAGGACUUGGGCCAGUCGGUGGACGACGUGGAGAAGCUGCUCAAGCGGCACGAAGCCUUCGAGAAAUCCACGGCAGCCUGGGAGGAACGCUUCUCGGCAUUGGAACGUCUCACCACCUUGGAGUUGUUGGAGUUGAGGAAGCGGCAGAUAGAGAUUGAACAGUUUGUGCAAGAACAGCAGCGCUACGAUCAAGAGAGCAGGAGAGAAGACACGGGUUUUGCCGAAUCUUCGCAACUUUUCACACAGGAGGAAGAAACUCUGUCUGGCGCGGCCGAACCCAGCUCCGGCUUUCCCGAGGUGACGGCGACUUCCGAGAGGAGGGACAGUGGCUCUCUGGAGCCGUCCGUUUCGUUAGCGGCCGAGGGGCAGCGGCGGGCCGUUACCUUGCCCGGUGAGGCGGUCCGGGCCCAGACGGUGCUGCUGGAGGGCCUGCUGGGACGCAAGCAGGACGUAGGGGGCUCUGGGAAGAAGGCCUCCAAUAGGUCGUGGAACAACUUGUACUGCGUUCUGAGACCCGGCCAGCUGUCGGUCUAUAAAGAUGCCAAAAGCUUCGGCCACGGCACCACCUUUCACGGCGAGGACCCGCUUCAACUGGCCAACGCCACUUGGGAGCCGCUUGACAAUUACAAGAGGAAGAAGCACGUAGCUAAACUACGGCUUGGAGAUGGAAGUGAAUAUUUGUUCAACUUUAAAGACGUGGAAGAGCUAAAGCGUUGGAGCCAGGCCAUGUUGAGGGCCAUUCAAUCGCCCGCGGUGGAGGAAGAAGGGGCGGCGGGGUCCGCAGGGGCCAAAACCCAUAGUCUUCCCCCACCGGUCUCCUCCUCACCCACUACUGCCAAGAGAGAGAAGGAAAAGAAGUUUGGCCGCUUUGCCAAGAAGAAGUGA